CAAAAAAUAUAGCAAACAAACGUGCGUGCGUGCAUUGUGAAUGUAUGCAAGUGUGUGUGCGUGAAACAUUUAAGCUUUAAGUGCUAAAAGCGUGCGUUGCUGCUGCGCUUUGGAUACCCAGCGACGUCGCCGUCACCAUCAUCGCCGCCAGCAUUUGGAGCUGCUGUCUAACAUUAAAUUGGCGUUGCCACCUCGCUCAGCUGCGCCGAUUCCAGCACAGGCUCCAGUGAGGAUGCAUCUGAGCCCGGCUCACCGUACAGUGCGCACUCGCUAUUGAGCGACGAGCAGCAGCAACAGCAGCAGCAGCAGCUAAACAAGAUGCCGCCACAAAUACUCAGCGCCAGCGCCGCAGCGACAGCUGCUGCCAGCAAUAGCAGCAGCAAUGCAACAGGAACAGCAACAGCGAACGCUGCAGCAACAGUUGCUGCCAGCAAUCAGAAUGCAGCGAGAAGCAACCACAGCAACAACAACACUGCCAAAAUCACCACAACAAUAGCUCAACGCACCAACAGCAGCAGCAGCAGCAACACAUCAGCAACAGGAGCAACCACUGCAGUGCCAACGCUGCAAUGGCCCUGGAACACAAGUCUCGGCAGCACCUCAACCGCUGUGCCCGCCUACAACUCAUCCUCCACACCCGCCACUACAAAGAAGCGUGCUGCUGUUGCCAGCAAUGGCAGCAACAGCGACGCCGCCAGCAACACUGCCAGCUGCAUUGCUGUGGCAGCGAAAAAGUCACGUGCCGAACUGCAAGGCAACAGCAGCAGCAACAACGGCAACAGCAGCAGCAACAACCACAGCACCAGCGACAAAAGACUGAAAGCCGCCGCCUUGGAGGAGUCGCAGACUAAGAUCACGGGUUUCUUCAAGUCACAAAUGAAGGCGACGCCUGGCAAGUUGGCCACGCCCUCACCGCCGCCCACAGCAGCAGCAGCAGCGAAUACGCUUACAAUGAGCACGCCGGCAACCACAGCAUCGCUCAACAAAUACUUUAACAUACUCUCGCAGCUCAACGAGCAGAAGCAGCAACAGCAGCACCAACAACAACAACAGCCGCAACCCAAGCCAGCAACAGUUGCUGCGGCGCCUGCAAUAGUUGCUGCUGCGGCUGCAACGCCAACUGCUGCUGCUUUGCCUGUGCCAGCACUCAAGAAGAUCGAACGCAGCAGCAAGCAACCAGCAAAGAUUGCCCAAGUGGCGCCCAAUCUGCGCAAGACGCCCAGCAGCAACAGUCACAAUCACGCCGGCAACAGCAGCAGCAACAACACUGGCAAAUCGCCCGCCAAGAAGCACGUGGCCAUUGCACCGCGCACGCCCGAGAUGAAGCAACAGCAGCAGCAACAGUUGCAGCUGCAAGCAUCCAAAUCAUUGCUUGCAGCAACCGCGUAUCGUGCGUCCAACGGCAACAGCAGCAAUUCGGUUGCUGUUACAGCAACUGCAACGGCAGCAGCAACAGCGGCCGUUGCUGUCGCCAAGCCCUGCCAGAAGCUGCAACUAUCCGCCGCGCCCACAGCCACGCCCACUCAGAAUCCCACGCUCUAUCAGCUGCCCGUGCAACUGCCGAAUCUGGUGCAGUUGCCGCCGCAACUGGCAGCAGCAGCCAACAUCAUGCAGCUGAACAAUGUGGCCAAAGCAGCAGUUGCUGCUGCUGCCAGCAACAAUGCAGCGGCAGCAGCAGCCUCGGCGCAGGCAGCACAAGCAGCAGCCGCGCAGUAUUUCCUCAACGGCACCGUCUUCAAGCUGCAACAGGUGACGACGGCAACGACAACGACAGCAACCACGGCGACGGCGGCAGCAGCAACUGCCGGAGGCGUUAAUCCCUUUGGCCUGCUCAAUGCCAAUGAGCUGCAGGAACUGCUGCUCAAGCAGCAACAGCAGCAGGUGCAACAGCAGCAGCAGCAGCAGCAACAAUUGCAGCUGCAGCAGGCGGCAGCUGUGAAGGCGGCUGCAGCAGCCGUGGCCACGCCCACUGCGAAUGGUGCUGCCAACUUCCAAGAGUUGUUUCAGCAGCAGAUUGCCGCUGCAAUUGCAGCCCAACAGCAGCAGCAGCAACAACAGCAGCAGCAGCAACACCAACAGCAACAGUUGCAGCGUCUUGGCGCCGCAGCAGCAGCACAACCCGUGUUUAUGGCAACGCCAGCGGGAUUGUUGCUGAAUGCAGCCACGCUGCCAGCGAUGUUGGCGCAAGCAGCAGCCGCAAUUGCCGCCAACAGUCAGCAACAACAGCAGCAGCAACAGCAGAAGGUUGCCGCUGCUGUGGCCCUGCAGCAGCAACACCAGCAGCAGCAGCAACAGUCGCUGCCAGCGUUGCAGCCGAUACCCGCCUUGAGUUCCAUCUUUGAGCCAGCCGCCGAGCAACAGCAGCAACAGUUGCAGCUACAGCAACAGCAGCUGGCGCAGUUGCUGCUCUCCCAUCAGCAGCAGCAGCAGCAACAACAACAACAACAUCAUCAGCAGCAGCAACAGCAACUCAUCACUGCCAAUCAGCCACCGCCGUUGACAGCAGCAAACAGCUGCAACAGCAACAGCAUUAGCAACAAUACUGCCAGCAACAUAAGCAACAACAGCAAUGCCUCGAAUAAUUUAAGCAACAACACUGCCCUGCUGCCACAGCAGCAGCAACAACAACAACAGCAGCAGCAGCAACAACAGCUGCAGCAACUGCCACAGCAGCAGCCACAACAGCAACCACGUGCCAUCAUCAAGGGACCGCCACCGCUGGUCACCAUCUCCUCCGCCUCCAGCUCCGCCCUCGGCACAGUUGCCGCCAAAUCGCGCAGCACGCUGCCCUCCGCCCUGGCCAAGCCCUACCAGAAGCGUCCGUCGCCGCAGCGCCAGCAGCAACAGCAAGUGGGUAAGUGCAAGUAUGCAGCGAUCGCCACGCCCACCACGCCGCCUCCUCUGGUGCCAACGAGCACGGGAGCAACAGCAGCCACAGCAGCAACAGGAGUCGGAGCUGCUGCCAAGGAGCUGCAGCAGCUGCGCAAGAGUGCCACGCCCAGCAACAUAACGCCCACGCCGCCUCUAGUGAGCAUAGCGCCCGCGAAGCUGACGCCCACGCUCAGCAUGGCCAAGCAACAGCAACAGUUGCCGCCAACCACAGUUGGCAAGAUCUCAAGCAGCAGCAGCAGUAGUGCUGAUCUCUUUGAUCUGGUGAAGAACUCGAAUGGCGCGAUCAGCAUUGUGGGCAAGUCAGCGGCAGCCAGCAACAGCUGCAGCUUUGCCUCAUCGCCAACGCCCUCGCUCGCCCUCACCCCGCUGCCCUUCAGCUCGCCCAGCAGCAGCAACAGCAAUUCCUCGCCAGCUCUCUCCGUGCACUCUUCGAGCACCUUGUGCUCCUUUGGCAAAUCCCUUGUGACCAUCAAGGCCGAGCCCAUCGAGGAGACACUCUCCGCCUCCGCCUCCGCUGCCUCCUCCAUGCCAACGCCCACUUGCUCGGCCACGCCUACAGCAUUGCUGUGCAGCUCAACGCCGCUUGGAGUGGCCAGCAUCAGCAGCAGCAGCAGCAGCCACAAUCCGCAGAGCUUUGCCGGCCAGCUGCCGGGCACUCGGUGCGUCAAUGUGAAGCACGAGCUGCUCGCCGAGUGCAGCGGUGGUAACUCGAACUGCAGCAGCAGCUAUGCGAGCACGAGCAACUCGGUGAGCUCCGCUGCGGAUCUCUCGCUGGAGGCAUCGACGCCAGCCACCUCUCUGAGCCCGGCGCCGUCGCCUUCGGCCAGCAGCCAGAGCCAAACGAUUCCCAUUGCAUCGCCGGAGGGAAAUGCCAGUCAGCAGGAUAUGCUGAGCGAGCUGGUCACCUCGUCGUGCAACUCCAGCGGCACCGAGGAUUGCUCGCAGACCGCCUCGUUGCCGGCAACCACUGUGGCCACCGCCACGGUGAGCACGGCAGCAACUCCGAUUGCCGGCAGCAGCAGCAGCGGCAGCAGCAACUACGACGAGGAGGACGACAAGUCGGUGGCCUCCUCGGAGGCAGCGACGCACAAGCGACUGACGCCCGAGUCGGGCAUUGGCGGCAGCCUCAGCAACAGCGAGAGCAGCAACUCCAUAGCCGAUGCCAUUUCCAGCAAGUCCGCCUGUCCGGCUGCCUCUUCGGUCUCGGUCUCAGUCUCAGUAUCCGCCUCCGCCUCGGACAGCAACUCGCUGGCCAGCAACGCACCUUCGCCCGCCUCGCCCAGCAACGAUGAUGGCUCCUGUUCGGCCCCAGCAACGCCAGCACCCGCGCCCUGUGCUCUGCUGGACACAACGCUGGCGGAGACGGCCAGCAAAACGCUGCCCAAGUGCGCCAUCUCGCCGAUAUUGUCGCAGCCCAAGACGAUUCGCUUUCCAGCUGGCGCUGGAGCCGGCGGCAAGGGUGGCAAGCGGCACGACGGCGUCUGCUACUGGGACAAGUGCAACAAGAAGCACGAGAGCAACUCGAAGCUGUUGGAUCACAUGCAGACGCAUCACGUGAACACCCAAACAGGUCCCUUUGCCUGCCUCUGGGUGGGCUGCAAGGUCUACAACAAGGAGUCCUGCUCGCGUCGCUGGCUGGAGCGGCACGUGCUCUCGCACGGCGGCUCCAAGCAGUUCAAGUGCAUCGUCGAGGGCUGCGGACUGCGCUUUGGAUCACAGUUGGCGUUGCAGAAGCAUGUGAACAAUCACUUCAAUGCCACGGACAAUGCCAAGGAGAGCACCAACAAGCGCACCUCGGAUCCCCCAGUGCCCAAGCAGCUGCGCAAGAACGGCAAGAAGCUUCGCUAUCGCCGUCAGCCCUUCUCGGCUCGCAUGUUCGACUUCUUCGACACGGGCAUCAUGGAGGGACUGCAGCAUCGUCUGCGACAGAUCAGCACGCUCACCAACGGCGCCCAGGCGAUUACCUUCCAGGGACAGUGUCUGAUGCGACGCCGCAACAGCCAAGGCAGCUACGAGUGCUUUGUGCGCUGGUCGCCGCGUGAAAUCAUCUCGGAUGAGUGGAUGCCCGAGUGUCCGAAUCGAACGCGACAACACACAAAGGUGCUGCACAUCAAGCACAUGCGUCCGGCGGAGAAAACCUGCGUCGACAGUCUGCUGAGCACAGCGUACAGAUUGCGCUAUCAUGCGCAGCUCUUCGAUGACGACUACAACGUGAACGAACAGCAACAGCAACAGGAGGAGAUGGACCAAAGCAGCAGCGAAUGUGCUGCCAGCGACGAUGAGGAAGAUGACGAUGAUGGUGAUGGUGAUGGUGAUGAUGAUGACGAGGAGGAUGAAGAUGAAGAUGAUGGAGUAUCGGGCACCAUCAGCUCGACCAGCGGUAGCGGCACAGUGUCCAGCUACCAGCAGGUGCUCAGCAUAGCCAAGCUGCAGAUGCAGCAGCGUCGAAAGCAUCCGCGUAAGCCGCCCAAGGGGACGAUGACGAUGACGAUGGCGGCAACACAACUGGUGCCCACGGAUGCGCUGGUGCCGCUCUAGAAAGUAUUUUUGCCUAAGUAGUUGAUAAACGGAAGAGAACGAGACGAGAAGCGAAGCGAAGCGAAGGACAAACGAGUAAACAGUGACAAGUAGUUGAUAGAGAGAUAGUUUUGAUAAGGACACAACAACCACAACCACCAUCCCCACCCCCCGUAUCACAUAAACAUAAACUAGAAUUAACAACUGUAACAUAUAUAUAGUAUAUAUACUGACAUAUACAUAUAUCAAGAUAGAUAAUGCCAUGUACAUAGAAGUCGCUUCAAUAUCAGAACAAAUUUUAACUUGACUUAUUUACUUAUUUAUAAUGUUAACUCGUAACUUGACUUGAACUAAUUUCUGUAAAUUGUGAACUGCCUAAAACGAGUAGAAGACGAAGCAGAGGAGCCUUGAGACUUGUUUCCCCCUCUUCAAUCAUCUUCAAUACCUUCGAUUUUUGUUUGUUGUAUUUCCACAUUUCAUCAUUUCUUUGUAUAUUACAUCCAUUUCUCAUUUUGUAUUCCAAAACUUCCAAAAACCAAAAACAAUGAAGAAAACGCACAAAUAACAACAACAACAACAAAAAGAAUAAGACUUGAAGCAUUUAUCGCUAAUCAUUUUAAAGUGUAGCAUUAACAUUAAUUAAGCAGUUAAUUAAUGAUCUUUCAUGUACUCAAUGUGUUUUCAAUGAGCAAUGCAAACAGUUUUAAGUUUUUACACACACACACACACACAUUUCGUUAGAAUUGAACAAAACCUAAACAAAUUAAUGUAGUCCAAAUUUUUAUACUUUUAUGUAAAUAUUAAAAUUAAUUAGUUUUUGCUCUUAGCUCUAAUUCAAUUUCAUUAAACAUUACGCCUAAACACAACUUCUCAUUUAGAAAAGAAAACAAACAAUACAAAAAGAAAAAAAAAACUAAAAGAAAUCAAAAUAAUAAACAAGCUGUUUUUUUUUAGAAUUUAAUUUGUUUUUAUUUCGUUUUUUGGUUUUGUUUUUAAUGAUUAACAACAGUCGAAAGGUCAACGAGCUCGCCUUAAACAAUUAUUAAGCAUAAUUAAUUUUCUACGCCAAUGAAUUUAUAAGUGUUUAAACUUUAAAGCUAAGAUUAUACAACAAAACAAUACUAUACGAACCCUAAGAACAUUACUCAACACUGCCAAAGCGAAAUGAAUAAUACAACAACCACAACCACGAGAUGAAGAACUAGAAGAACACACGAAAAUGUGGAUGAACAGUAAUAAGAACGACUGAUAAAUGUAAAAAACGAAACACAAAAAACAAAAAUCGUAAAAGAUAAAUCAAGCAUUAUCUUUUCUGUAAUUCUUAGUUCGCACAAAGCUUAUCAUAAUUCCCAUAUAUAAUACGUAUACAUAUAUAAACUAUAUCUGUGUGUUGUAGCUGCGCCUGUAAUCAAGACUCUUCUCCCCCGCCCCGCCCACGCCUAUAGAUGUAAGCCUAUAUGUAUGUAAUACUCGUGUAGAUAAAGCCAAUCAGUUUUUGGGCAUUACUUUGUACUUUCAUACAGUAGUAUAUAUAUAUAUGUAUAUACAUAUGUAUUCAUAAUACGUUUGGGUUUUCUCCAUUUUGUAGAUGAGGCAAAGUCGCAUUAAAUGAUAUAGUAUUAAAAUUGAAAGCAAUACAUUUUUAACAAUUGCCUGGAAGUUCUGAGAUUAACGAAACUAAAAAGAGAGUCAACAAUUUGGAUUGCCUAAAACCAUGACAAAAAAAACAAUGAGAUUCAACCAUAUUUUGUACCGAGAGAAAAUUCAAAUAAAAAAAUAUAAA